CCCUUUUUAUUUUUUAUUAUUUUUUAAAAAAAAAGGAAAAAAAAAACACCGCAUUAAUAAUCCGCAUUAAUAAGUGAUACAUAAUAUGAUAAAACAAAAGACGUCAUUUGAUUCUCUUAUUGUAGAUUCACAUUCUGGUAAAGGAAAAUUUUCACUUCCAACUUUACGAAGAUAUUCUUCUACAACAAAUUUACAUCAACAAGAAAAUGUUAAUACACCACAAAUACUUCAAAGAAGUCUUUCAUCAAUAUUUAGAAAAAUACCGAAAAAUUCUAACGAAAAAAGAGAAAAUGAUACCAAUUCAAUAGAUGAUGAUAAUGCAUCUAUAACUUCAUCGGAUUCAUCAUUAGAUGAAAAUGAUACUAAAUAUAAUAAUAAAUUGAUUUCAAUAUUUAGUGGUGCUUUUAAUAAUAAGGGUAAUAAUAAUUUAAAUAAUAAUCAUAAUAAAAAGAAAAGAUAUAAUUUUAAUGAAAUAAUAGUAAGUAAUGAAAUAAUAAUUACUACUACUGAUUCAAAAGAUUUUAAAGAUGAUGAAAAUUAUGGUUAUAUAAAUCCUACCCUUACUACUUAUGAAACUCAUUUACAUACUCCUACUCAUAAUUAUUCUUUUUAUUAUCCUUGUCGAAGUAAAUCCGUUCCUCUUUUACCUAAAUUAAGUGAAGAAUAUUCUCAACUUUCUCGUCAUACUUCUAUUAAUGAAAGAGAAUUACCUACUAUACCUGAUGAUAAAAUUGUUUCUACUUCUACUACUACUACCACUACUUCAUCUCCUAAAUCCUCUUUAACUAUAAACGUUUCUCAUGUUGAACCAACUUUAUCUUUGGAAAUUUUACGUUAUUCUGUUUCAACUUCCCCUCUUAUUUCUCCGAAACUUUCUUUACAUUCUUCUUCUUCUCCUUCUCCUCCAAAUUCUACUUCUCUUUUACCUUCAUCAUCAUCUUCUCCUCCUUUACCUCCUUUACUUCCUUUAUCAUCUAAACCAUCUACACCAGGAUUAUUGAUAAUACCCAAUAAUAACAAUAAUAAUUGUAAUAAUAAUAUCAAAACUAUUACAAACAUUGUUACCACACCUACCACACCUACAGAAAUAUCGGAAUCAUGGCCUUUCGCUCGUUAUCCAUUGAGAUCAACAUUUUAUAAUUUAUCCGAUUUACCUCCUUCUAAUCCUUCACCACGUUCUUUCAAUAAUUCAAAAAUUUCUGUUACCCCACCUUUAAAACAUUCCCAAUCUAAAAGUUCAACUCGAUCAUCUCGUUCAAAAUCUGUAUCACGUUCACUUUCUAAAAGUUCACUUCGUUCAAAAUCAUUAUCACGUACUCAUUCUAAAGGAUCUCUUAGACGUUCAAAAUCUGAAUUAUUUCCACCAACUAUAAAAAAAUCUUAUGAUCCAAAUCAUUGUUUUUAUGGAUUAUGUGAAAAAUGUAAACAACCUCGUACAGGUAUUUUAUGGUGUCAAUCUUGUUAUACAACAAUUUUUAGAAAAGAUUUUGAUAAUUGGACAAGUGGAGAUUAUAAUAUUGAUGAAUUUAUUAAGAAAACUCAAAUAAAUUCUAAUAAUAUAUGUGAAUUACUUGAAUGGAUACCUUUUGAAAAAUUUAGGGAUUUACAAUUAAUAGGAGAAGGAGGUUAUAGUAUAGUUUAUUUAGCAAAAUGGAUUGAUGGAAGAAUAUUAGAUUUAAAUGAAGAUGGUAAAUGGGAAAGAACAGGAGAAAAUGAUGUUAUAUUAAAAGUAUUUUUUAAUUCAAAAGAACUUAGUGAAGAUUAUUUAAAUGAACUUGACAUUUAUCAUAAAAGUACACCAAAAUUAAAUCAUGUAUUAAGAUGUUAUGGAAUAUCAAAAGAUCCUUUUGCAAAGAAUACUAUUAUGGUAAUGGAAUAUGCUAAAGAUGGAAAUUUAAAAAAUCAUUUAAAAAAUAAUUUUAAUAAUAUUACAUGGAUUAAACGUAUAUCAAUGAUUAAUGAUAUAACAAAAUCAUUAAAAUCAAUUCAUUCAUCUGGUUUAAUUCAUAAAGAUUUACAUUCAAGUAAUAUAUUAAUACAUGAUGAUUAUACUUUUAUUGAUGAUUUAGGUUUAUGUACACCAAAAAUUCAAAAUAAUAAUAAUAAUGAUUCAAAUUUAUUAUAUGGAGUUAUG